AGAAAAGCGCGAUGACUCCAAGGUAUUUAACAUUACGAGAGCCGCGCGCCGCCCGCUCAGUCGACCGGCACCCGCGACCACGCCGGCCCAUGUCGAGAUCUUCCCCAAAAACAUAUAUUAUCCUUUCACUAUAAACAUUUUAAAUUCACUAGAUCGUCGGAGCAUUUGUGGAUAAGGAAUAUUCCCCAUUAUGGGGCAAUUUAUUUGGUAUGGCAUCCUGGCGCUGCUGCUGCACGUCCAUGCUUCGCCGUCACCAUUCGCAGAGCAGCACUCCUUUCUACGUAGCGCUGUAGAAACCAUUCCACAGCACGAACCAAUUCCUUUGCCAAUUCGUGCUUCUGUUGAAAGUAUACCUUUAAGAAGCCUCCGUAACGACGGAGACCGACGACUUCCACUACGUGAUGCUGUGGAAAAACGGCCUAUUUCUCUAAAGACUUCCAACAGCUUUCUGCCAUAUGAAGAGACAAAUGAACAUGAAGUUGAAGAUCUUCGAAGCAGUACAAGAUUUUACGGAGCAGCUAGUCAUUUAAACAAUGUCUCUACCAACGCUGAGCGUCUUCAUCAUGGAAAUGCUAACCUUCAAGAAAUGCAACAAACGAGUUCGGCCAGGCGCCUGGUCAUCUGCUACAUGCAAUCAUGGGCGGCCUAUCGCGCUCCUCCUCUCGCAUUCACCGCCAGCCUUAUUCCGAAGUCUUGCACCCAUCUGCACUACGCAUUCGCUGUAAUGCACCCUCACACAUACGCAGUUACACCAGCUAAUGAAGAUUACGAUAUUAUAAAAGGUGGUUACCGUAUCGCAACGGGGUUAAAGCGUCGUAACCCUGGACUCCGAGUAAUGAUCAGUAUUGGUGGAGAUGGCACGGAUCGUCUGUUUAGUGAAAUGGUACAAAGUCAACAUGGCCGCUAUAAAUUUGUUGAAAGCGCAGUAAAUUUCCUGCGUGAACAUGAUUUUGAUGGACUCGAUCUGAAUUGGGUGUACCCUGGUGAAAAAGAUGACAGGGAGAAAGACUUACUCACUUCACUAUUAUACGAAUUGCGAGAAAAGUUUUCACCAGAAGGAUUUCUGCUGUCAACUGUCCUACCGCCGUUCAGAUAUCAAAUAGAAGAUGGGUAUGAUCUGAGCGCAGUGAGUGGCGCGACAGACUACGCUAUCUUGCAAGCCUGGGACAUGACUCAUGGUCGGAGGGACGAGGUCCCGUCGAGGGCUGUGCAGCACAGCGCAUUGCAUCGUGACCCGGGAGCUGCGUCCAGAGAUCAGAGAUAUGAUAAUAUUGAAUUCAUGGUCAAAUAUAUAACAAAACACGGCAUGGCGCCAGAGAAGCUGGUCCUCGGAGUGCCCCUGUUCGGUCGCAGCUACACAUUGGACAAGUCGUCAGCUCCCGUCCCAGGGGCUCACGUGGUCGCGUGGGGGGAGGAGGGACAGUACACACAGACCAGAGGAAUGUUGGCUUAUUUUGAGAUAUGUAUGGCUGAACGAGAAAGUAGAGGGAUGAGUAACGUAGAUGAAGCUGGCAAUUCUUACGCAGUGUUUGAUGAUCAAUGGGUUACAUUUGACACGCCCAACACUGUGGCAGAAAAGAUGAGAUUCGUCAAAUUUUCUGGAUUAGCCGGCGCCGCUGCCUGGUCUGUGGACAUGGAUGACUUCCGUGGCCUCUGUGGCUCUCCUUUCCCAAUAUUAAGCGCGAUAGCCACAGCUCUCAAUGGUGAAUCUGUACCUGGUCAAUCCACGUUGAAGAUUGGGUCGUGUGAAUCUAACACGCCAUACUUGGCAUCUGAUGAGGAGUCCUGUGCUCAUUUCCACUUCUGUAGCGGCGGCAUCAGCUACAGAAUUAUGUGUGAAGAAGACCGUCUGUACGACCCAUCGACAGGUUUUUGUGGUCAUCAAGAUCCGACUAAGUGCAUCCCUGGACAGACGCUUAGGAUAAGCGUCAGUGACGCGGCUCGGUUCCUGUCGCAAGUCUACGAAAUUGAUUUUGUUUGGAGCCUUGAAAGACAAAAGGAAUCUUCGAAUCCAGAACAAAGCAUGUCAGCUGCACUGCUAGAGAAAAAGAGUAAGGACAACAACAAAAAGGUGAUAUGUUACAUGACCAGCUGGGCAUUUUACCGGCGCGGCGACGGCAAGUUCGUGCCAGAACAGAUCGACUCCAGACUCUGUACCCAUGUGGUCUACGCCUACGCCUCCCUGUCUCCUAACGACCUGGUCGCUAAGGAGUUUGACCCGUGGACUGAUCUUACGAACAAUCUCUACGAGCGUGUAACAUCUCUGAAGGACGUGAGUGUCCUGUUGGGUCUCGGAGGGUGGACGGAUUCGGUAGGAGACAAAUACUCGCGUCUCGUGUCAUCUGGCUCUGCUCGAGCAAAAUUUAUUGAAAAUCUACUCGUAUUUCUACGCAAGCACAAUUUCAACGGUCUUCAUCUUGACUGGAAUUAUCCAGUUUGUUGGCAGAGUAAUUGCAAAAAGGGAGCCGCUUCCGACAAAAGAAAUUUUGGUUUAUUUGUUCAGGAGUUGUCAAAAGCUCUUCACGAAGUUGACAUGGAGCUGGGCGUGGCCAUAUCUGGCUACAAGGAGGUGAUAGACGUGGCGUAUGACUUCCCGGCGAUAUCGAAGGCUGCAGAUUUCAUGAGCGUCAUGACGUACGACUACCACGGCGGCUGGGAACGCAAGGCAGCUCAUCACACGCCUCUUGUCCCUCCACCUAAUGACCCUCUUGCUCACUACUCUAUUGAGUACGCAAUCAAAUCAAUAAUAAACGCAGGUGCUGAUCCGAAAAAGUUACUACUUGGCCUAUCAUUUUACGGUCAGUCCUUUAGACUAGCAGAUGUGGAGGCCGGAGGCAGGCCCGGGGCGCCGGCGGCUGGCCCCGGUGAACCUGGCGAGUUCACUAAACAGCCCGGGAUGUUAUCUUAUUACGAAAUCUGUUACAGAGUGAAGAGUUUACGCUGGACGACGGGACGUCAAGACAAUGCUGGUCCAUACGCAUAUUCCGAUAGUCAAUGGGUCGGAUAUGACGAUCCGAAAUCCAUCAAAGAAAAGGUAGAGUGGGCGAUGCGACAAGGAUUAGGUGGCGUGAUGGCAUGGGCUAUCGACCUGGACGACUUCGACAAUCGGUGCUGCACUGAGCCGUCACCUCUGUUGCGAGCCGCCGGCAGAGCCCUAGGCCGAGCCGUGCCCUCUCCCCCCACAGCCGCGUGUGAGCGACCACCACAACCCGUAACUCCUGCUCCUCCCACCACUACUACUAUCGAAUCCGAUGGUUCUAUCGGAGGAUCGACGGUACCUGUAAGCCAUGACCACGACCAUCAUACAUCGACCACGUGGCCGAGCUGGAACCCCGCACCUACCACCCCGAGCACAGCACAAACAUGGUGGCCAGUGGCAUCAACUACUACCUCAACAACUACCACGACUACUACCACUACAACAACUACCACGACAACCAGACGCCCCACAACACAGCCUACACAACAAGUCACAGGUAUACUAGAAGGUUCUUCCUGCCGGGCGGGCGAAUACAACGCCGCCCCGGGAGACUGCGGCGGCUACCUGCAGUGCGAGGGUGGGCAGUGGAGGAAACACCGCUGUGCGCCCGGGCUGCACUGGGCGGCGGCCGUCCACCGCUGCGACUGGCCCAGCUUCGCCAAGUGUAAAGAAAAACCAACAAACGAGGCGAGCACGGCGACCACGACGCUAGCACCAAUAACGUCACGACCUCCGCAGACGACUACCACCACAACCACCACGCAGAGGCCCACGCCUAGGCCAACUACCUCUACAACAACGUUACCGCCUGCUACUUCUAGUCCAAGGGAAGGUGGACCGUGUACGGGAGACGGCUAUCAUGCAGAAGCUUCAAAUUGUAACGCAUAUCUACACUGCGAUGGCUACUUGUGGCGACUGCAGCACUGCGCUCCCGGACUACAUUGGAGCGUUAAGGAGAAGCAGUGCGAUUGGCCCAAGUAUGCCAAGUGCCAAGAUACAACACCGAGGCCUACGAUAGCCACACCACGACCAACUCGUCCACCCAGGCCGUCAACACCAGCAGUUAUUCCAUCGGGCGACAGGCCGGAAGAAAGCCAAGAAUGUAGUUCGAGCGACUCCCACGCACCAGCCAGUACUUGCGACUCGUACCUGCUAUGCGUGAGCGGUCGCUGGAGGAAGCAGCGGUGCCCACCCGGCCUGCAUUGGGAUAAGCGCACCAGCCGAUGCGACUGGAUCGAGUUCGCCAUGUGUGAAGGAGUAAAACCUGGGACUAAGUCUACAAUGCGACCUACAACGUAUACUACUACGACGACACGAAGGCCCACUACAAUUACCACUAAGAAACCGACAGAAACUGAGGAAACACAUCGACCGGCCGCAGGUUGCAUGACUGGAACAUACCACGUACAUCCAAAAUGCGAAAAAUUCUACGUCUGCGUGAACGGAGUCCUGGUAGCGCAGAGUUGCGCGCCCGGGCUGGUGUGGCGACCCGACCGCACGCAGUGCGACUUCCCCAGCUCCACCACCUGUACCGACCGCCGGCAGUUCCUGUCUGCUGCCAUGGUUGAUAAGCCUGAUAUGAUUAUGCAGAAUAGCGAACCAGAAGCAUCAUGCGUAAAUGGUGACUAUUCAAUGUAUCCCGGAGACUGCUCGCGUUAUCGUCAUUGUCUCUUCGGGAGAUACGAAGAAUUCUCUUGUAUAAAAGGCCUCCACUGGAAUCAGGAAAAGCGAAUUUGCGAUUGGCCAAACAAUUCGAAAUGCAAACCAGUACAAACUACUCCUAAACCAGUAGCAAUAGAUCCGAUACCGGGGAUUCCUCAUAAGCCGAUCCAUCACAUAGACGACAACGCAUAUAAACCUUCACAAGGGACAUUAUUAAAUACAAAUGUUAAGCCCGAACUACUAAAUUCUCGUUAUAAGCUGGUGUGCUACUACACCAAUUGGUCGUGGUACCGACCUGGCAUCGGAAGCUACGUGCCUGAGGAUAUUGAUUCAACGCUGUGCACCCACAUCGUGUAUGGAUUUGCUGUCCUGGGAUCAGAUGGGCUCAUUACAGCUCACGAUUCAUGGGCUGACUACGACAAUGAUUUUUAUAAACGCGUGGUGGCCUAUAAACGAUACGGGAUCAAAGUUUCGCUAGCUAUUGGCGGGUGGAAUGACUCUGCUGGUGAUAAAUAUUCUAAACUAGUAAACGAUCCAUCAGCGAGGGCCAAUUUUGUAAGCCACGUUGUACAAUUCAUAGAACAAUAUGGUUUUGAUGGAUUAGAUCUUGAUUGGGAAUACCCCAAGUGCUGGCAGGUCGAUUGUUCAAAGGGACCAGACUCGGACAAAGAAAGCUUUGCAGACUUCGUCCAAGAACUAUCAGCGGCAUUGAAGCCCAGAGGCCUUCUUCUAUCAUCAGCUGUUUCACCCAACAAGAUGGUUAUUGAUGUAGGAUACGACGUUCCUAUCCUUGCCAAAUACCUUGACUGGAUCGCCGUCAUGACAUAUGAUUACCACGGACAAUGGGAUAAGAAAACAGGACAUGUCGCACCUUUAUAUUAUCAUCCUGAUGAUGACAAUACAUACUUUAAUGCUAACUACACAAUUCAUUAUUGGAUGAAAAAAGGAGCUCCAGCCUCAAAACUAGUAAUGGGAAUGCCUUUAUACGGGCAAACUUUCACCACAGGCACUCAGUGGGAUACUGCUCCGGAUCUAGCCGCAAGAAUUAAUGCCACGGGUCUGAACGUUCCUGCUGUAUCUGGUGGUGAAGCAGGAGAAUAUACUCGAGCUAAAGGUUUCCUUGCUUAUUACGAGAUUUGUGAAAAAAUAAACCACAACGGCUGGAAGGUUGUAAAAGAUCCAUACCAACGAAUGGGUCCAUACGCUUACAAAGGAGACCAAUGGGUAUCGUUUGAUGAUGUUGAUAUUAUUAGGGAGAAGGUGAACUUCAUCAAGUCUAAAAACUUGGCUGGUGGAAUGGUGUGGGCCCUAGAUCUUGAUGAUUUCCGAAACAGGUGCGGUCAGGGAAAACAUCCACUUAUGAAUGCUAUCAAAAAAGCCCUAUUAGAUCCAAGAAUAGAACCGGAUACAGUGCAGAUACAAUCCACAUCAGAGACUUCUAAUAAACUGGAUGAUGAUUUACAAGAUAUUGAAGUAAGACCUGGCAUAAAACCAACAUCUAUGCCAAUAAAACCCACAGUGCAAAUGGAUUCUAUAGUUGCAACGACAAAAAGGCCGACAUCCACCAUUGUCAUGAAGGAAGAGCGCUAUAAGGUCAUCUGUUAUUACACAGCUUGGUCUUGGUACAGACCAAGUGGUGGCAAGUACACGCCAUCUGACGUCGACCCAUCUUUAUGUACACAUGUAGUGUACGCAUAUGCGACCCUCGAUGCUGACGACCUCGUCAUCAAACCGCAUGACAUAUGGCUGGACGUAGAAAACAAAUUCUAUCAACGCGUGGUGUCCCUGAAAGCCCGUGGUGUGCGAGUGUUACUGGGCUUGGGUGGCUGGGACGACUCCGUGAUGAAUAAGUACUCGCGUCUCGUCAAUAACGAAGCCGCCCGAAGGCGAUUUGUAGUACACGCGGUGGACUUCCUCGAACAAUACGAGUUUGCUGGACUGGACCUCGACUGGGAGUACCCCAAGUGUUGGCAGGGACUAUGCAACAAAGGCCCAAGUUCUGACAAAAAAGGAUUCGCUGAAUUAGUGAAGGAGCUACGUUCUGCAUUCAAUUCCCGAGGCUUAUUGCUAUCUGCAGCAGUAUCAGCCAAUCAACGCAUCAUUGAUGUCGCGUACGAUAUCCCGACCCUUUCCGCCAACUUGGACUGGAUCGCGCUCAUGACAUACGAUUACCAUGGCCACUGGGAGAACAAAACCGGGCAUCUCGCUCCCAUGUACGCGCAUGAGAGAGAUGAAGACUCCUCCUUGAACACAAAUUCCACCGUUCACUACUGGAUAGAGAAAGGUGCCGCUAGACAGAAGUUAAUAAUGGGUGUACCAUUUUAUGGACAGUCAUUCUCGCUAGAUUUAACAGACACAUCUAAUACUGGGUUUGGUGCGCUGUCUUUCGCUGGAGGAAAUGCCGGAGAUGAAACUAGAGCUAGGGGUUUCUUGUCGUUCUACGAGAUAUGUGAUCGAAUAAAACUAGAUGGGUGGCGAGUUGUCAGAGAUCCUGGGGGUCGCAUGGGUCCGUAUGCUACUCUCGAGGAUCAAUGGGUCUCGUUUGAUGACGACUUCAUGAUACGGCAUAAAGCAGAGUAUGUCCAUGCCAUGGGCCUCGGCGGCAACAUGGUUUGGGCCUUGGACCUUGACGACUUCAAGGGCCAACACUGCGGCUGCGGGAAGUCCCCUCUUUUGGCUAACAUCAAUUUCGUUCUACGUGGACGAGAACAGCCACCGCCAUGCCCUCUAGAACCCCUUCAAGUAAUACCAAUGACUACUAGCAUCCCCAGUAUCUCUUCCGCCAAACCUCAACAUGAUGAAGAGAACAAGGAGACAGAUUCUGGUGACUCUGAGUGUUCUGGAGGAUUCAAGCCUCACGAAACUGACUGUAGUAAAUAUUAUUUCUGCAUGAAUGGGAUGUAUAUGGAACUGAGUUGUUCUCCUCCGUCUGUUUGGAACAAGGAUCACUGUGACUUGCCCGAGAAUACUCAAUGUCAAAGCAGGAAAACACAUUUGAGCUUGAGGCUCAAUGAAGAUACUGAAAAGAAACCGAUUUUAGCGUGUUAUUUUACAAACUGGGCAUAUUAUAGGAAGGCCGAAGGUAAAUUUGGCCCAGAGCAGGUGGAUCCAACGCUAUGCACUCAUAUUGUGUAUGCCUGGGCGCGGCUCAAUUCGACAGCAAACACAAUUGUUUCAGGAAUGCCAGAACUAGACAUAAACAAUGAUUUCUACGGCAAAAUAACUGAACUUAAACAUAAAGGCGUGAAAAUCAUUAUUGGCAUCGGUGGCCUUGAAGAUUCUGAAGAUGAAAAAUGGAAUGAAAUGGCGCAUAGCUUUAAAAACAGAAAAAUCUUUGUCAACUCAGUAUUAAAAUUCUUAAAAAGAUGGAAAUUCGAUGGCUUGCAGAUAGCUUGGCAAUAUCCUGGUUGCAAUCAAGUUCCAUGCAAUGACUUCGACAUCACGGCUAAGGAAAGCUUUAGUCAUCUUCUAACAGAUUUAUCUAAGGCACUAAGCCCCCAUGACUAUGAGUUGUCAGCCAUGGUAUCAUCGACACCUGACAUCGCCUUUCUGUCAUACGAACCCGAAAUACUCUCAGUUACAUUAGACUGGAUAGUGAUCGCGGCUAAUGACUAUUACGCCUCUACCACUGGACAGACAGGAUAUUUGGUACCUUUGGAGACCAGCGAAAUGGCUGGAAUUAAUAGUUUCAAUGCAUCACUAGCUUACUGGGCGAGCAUAGUUCCCGAGAAGAUGCUAGUAAUGGGCGUACCGGCCUAUGCCCGCUCUUACACACUCCGCACCCUGGACCAAACAGGAGUGGGAGCGCCCGUCGCCGGACCCGGGCUACCCGGUCCCUAUACUGCUGUUCCUGGUUUCUUAGCCUAUUAUGAGGUCUGCCAAGGAAUCAAAUCUCGCUCAUGGAAAGAGUCCCGAACGGAGGACGGCACCUAUGCUGUAGAGACGUCACAGUGGGCAUCUUACCUGCGGCCUGAAGAGGCCCACCGGGUGGGAGCGAGCGCGCGGCGGGCGGGUCUGCGCGGGACCGCGCUGUGGGCCCUAGACCUCGACGACUGGGCCGGCCGCUGCGGCUGCGGGCCUCAGCCGUUGCUCUCCGCCUUGAGACAAGGACUCCACGAACCCACCAUUCCGCCUUUGAUAUGUCUGCAAUAAAAACUCUGAUUAAUAUAAUUAACCGCCUUUUUGCCCAUGUGCAUAUUGAUCAUCUAUCAUUAUAUACGACACCUCGGAAAAUAUCUAACCAUGCACUUCAUGUUUAAACUUAUAUGUGAUCGUACGUAACCAGAAUACGUAACCAACUGAAAUCGAACUAAAAGUCUGAAGAUAAAACUUUCAUUUCUCCGUGUACAAUGUAUUUUUAAUCAAUUCAUUAACAAGACUAGUAUUUUUAAAGAUGUUUUUAAUGAGUAGGUACAUGUGAGUGUGUGAAGACAUAAGCAUUUAUUUACAAAACAAUCGAUAAUAUGCCAUUGUGAUAUUUUGAGUAGAUAAAAAUUAAAAUAUUGUAAGUAAUAAAUUUUUUUUUACAA